AUGAGCGGCGCGGAGGACCGUGGCCCCGGGGCCGGCGCUGCCCCCGCCGAGCCCCCGGGCGCGGUGCUGAGCGUGGAUGUAGCGGGGCUGCUGGCGCAACUGGCGCGCAGCUUCGCGCUGCUGCUGCCGGUGUACGCCCUCGGCUACCUGGGCCUGAGCUUCAGCUGGGUGCUGCUGGCGCUCGGGCUGCUCGUGUGGUGCCGGAGGAGCCGCGGCCUCAAGGCGACCCGCCUGUGUCGCGCACUGGCGCUGCUGGAGGACGAGGAGCGCGCCGUGCGCCUGGGGGUGCGCGCCUGCGACCUGCCGGCCUGGGUUCAUUUUCCAGACACCGAAAGAGCAGAAUGGCUAAAUAAGACUGUAAAACAUAUGUGGCCUUUUAUUUGCCAGUUUAUAGAGAAGUUGUUUCGAGAAACUAUAGAGCCAGCUGUGCGGGGAGCAAACACCCACCUUAGCACUUUCAGUUUCACAAAAGUUGACGUGGGUCAGCAGCCCCUCAGGAUCAAUGGUGUUAAGGUGUACACUGAAAAUGUGGACAAAAGGCAAAUUAUUUUGGACCUUCAGAUUAGUUUUGUAGGAAACUGUGAGAUUGAUUUGGAGAUCAAGCGAUAUUUUUGUAGAGCCGGUGUGCAAAGUAUACAGAUUCAUGGUACAAUGCGAGUGAUCCUGGAACCGUUGAUUGGAGACAUGCCCCUCGUGGGAGCCUUGUCUAUCUUCUUCCUUAGGAAACCACUUAUAGAAAUUAACUGGACAGGACUGACCAACCUUCUUGAUAUCCCUGGAUUAAAUGGUCUGUCAGAUACGAUCAUUCUGGAUAUAAUAUCAAACUAUUUGGUGCUUCCCAAUCGGAUCACCGUUCCUCUUGUCAGUGAAGUUCAAAUAGCUCAAUUGCGGUUUCCUAUACCAAAGGGUGUUCUAAGGAUACAUUUUAUUGAAGCUCAGGAUCUUCAGGGGAAAGAUACGUACCUUAAGGGACUCGUCAAGGGAAAGUCAGACCCCUAUGGAGUUAUUCGAGUUGGCAACCAGAUCUUCCAAAGCAAGGUCAUCAAAGAGAACCUCAGUCCCAAGUGGAAUGAGGUGUACGAGGCUUUAGUCUAUGAACAUCCUGGACAGGAAUUAGAGAUUGAGCUCUUUGACGAAGACCCAGACAAGGAUGACUUCCUAGGAAGUCUUAUGAUUGAUCUUAUUGAAGUUGAGAAGGAGCGCCUUUUAGAUGAAUGGUUCGCCCUGGACGAGGUUCCCAGAGGAAAGCUACACUUGAAACUGGAGUGGCUCACAUUAAUGCCAAAUGCUUCAAACCUCGACAAGGUGCUAACAGACAUCAGGGCUGACAAAGACCAAGCCAAUGAUGGUCUUUCCUCUUCAUUGCUCAUUUUGUAUUUGGAUUCAGCAAGGAACCUUCCGUCAGGGAAGAAAAUAAACAGCAAUCCAAACCCUCUUGUCCAGAUGUCAGUUGGACACAAGGCCCAGGAGAGCAAGAUUCGGUACAAAACCAAUGAACCUGUGUGGGAGGAAAACUUCACCUUCUUCAUUCACAAUCCCAAGCGCCAGGACCUCGAAGUCGAGGUCAAAGAUGAACAGCAUCAGUGUUCUCUGGGGCAUCUGAAGAUCCCUCUUAGUCAGCUGCUUACCAGCGAUGACAUGACCAUGAACCAGCGAUUCCAACUCAGUAAUUCAGGUCCCAACAGCACUCUGAAGAUGAAGAUCGCCCUCAGGGUACUCCAACUCGAAAAGCAAGAAAGGUCUCCAGACCACCAACAUUCAGCUCAAGUAAAGCGACCCUCUGUUUCUAAAGAAGGGAGGAAAAUAUCGGUGAGAUCUCAGAUGUCUGCAUCGCCAGGCUCUGGUGACAGCAGCACAGCCCCGUGCACGCCAGUAAUCGGGAGCAGCGAUAAGCCUGGUGUGGAAGAGAGAGCCCAGCCUGUGGAGGCCAGCCCCCAGGGGCCACGAGACCUGGGCAGAAGCUCCUCCAGCCUUCAGGCCAGUGCCACCUGCUCGCCCAGCCACAUCUCCGUCAAGGAACCCACCCCAAGCAUAGCCUCAGACAUAUCACUGCCCAUCGCCACCCAGGAACUUCGGCAGAGACUGCGGCAGCUAGAGAAUGGGACAACCCUGGGGCAGUCGCCCCUGGGGCAGAUCCAGCUGACCAUCCGGCACAGCUCACAGAGAAACAAGCUCGUGGUGGUUGUGCACUCCUGCAGAAAUCUCAUUGCCUUCUCUGAAGAUGGCUCUGACCCCUAUGUCCGCAUGUAUUUGUUACCAGACAAGAGGAGAUCAGGAAGGAGAAAAACACACGUGUCAAAGAAAACACUGAACCCUGUGUUUGACCAGAGCUUUGAUUUCAGUGUUUCAUUACCAGAGGUACAGAGGAGAACGUUGGAUGUAGCAGUGAAGAACAGUGGCGGCUUCCUGUCCAAAGAUAAAGGGCUUCUUGGCAAAGUAUUGGUUGGUCUGGCGUCUGAAGAACUAGCCAAGGGUUGGACCCAGUGGUACGACCUCACGGAAGAUGGCACAAGACCACAUGUGGUGACGUAGUCCAUGCAGGACGCGAGGAGCCCGCCCCAGUGUCCCCACCCACCCUUGUGUGCUCAGAGCACACCCUCCCGCACAUGUACCAAUACUGUUUUUAUAAUUUCAGUGUAUUUAGUUAUAUAAAUCUUCAUAGUUUUAUAAACCAUGUUGACAUUUUAGGCAUAUUUGGCCAAUAUUAUCAUUAGAUUUUGUAUGUUUAAUUUUCUGUAGUAUUUCACCAGUUAUUAUAGUGUGUAAUAAGGUAGCAGUUAAUCACCAUGUCACAUAAAGGUGUAUGUCAAUUAUAUCUACUAGGGAGCAGACGUAUGUAUAUUGCUUUAAUGUCGCCUUGUUUUGUACACACUGAGGUACACUAUGCCAUGUAAAUAGACUAUUUUUUAUAAUCUCUACAUGCUGGUUUGAAUUCUGAAGAAAAUGGAUUAAGGAAAUAUAUUUUUUUCUUCUAAAAUGUAUGAAAUUCUUACGACAGAUAAUCAUUUUGUCUUUGCAGGGUAAAGUUCUCAGUGACCAAUUUUAUGGUGUUUCUUUUUUUAAAAAAGGCUGAACGUUUAAAUAUUAGUAUUCUUCUGCCCAUCAUGAAUGACGGAAGUAUUCAAAAUAUUACCAGUUUCAUAAAUAUAAAGAUGUAUUAUUGAGAGUUAGUUGAAGUGCUUAUAAGGAAAAGUGUGUAACUGAGUAAUACAAAAUAACUAAGAGCAUUGUCAUGAUUCAUAAAUCAUGGUGCACUAAUUUGAAAUUUCUUAUGUAAAAUGAAAUGUCUUAAGUUUAUUUUUAAUUGCUUGAUAUAACUUAUUCAUGAAGUAGUACACAGAUACACUUCCUAAAAUAUAAUACAAAUUUCCAAUGUUAGCACUUAGGCUAUUGUGAAACCAUCCGUCAUGAGCUUUGUUAAUUUUCAGUGUUUUCCCAGCCUGUGAAGACAGGCUCACAUGCUCACCAUAAAGUUUAUGGGAUAGAUCUGGUAAGUAGGUAGGAAGUUGUUUUAAAAACCAACAGCUCGUCAUUCGUUCAUCGUCAGUGCGACAUCAUCCGUCGGACCCUGUGCGCGAGGCCAUGCGCUGCUGGGGCCAGAGGGUUCCAGCACGGCGGCUGUUGACUUUAAAUAACCAUUUCCUGAGUCUCUUCACUUGAUGCCGUGACUGACCUCAGUA